GGAAUGCUGGCAAGGCUGGGCUUGGCUGGGGCAUGGACACUGCUCCUCAGCCGCUGAACCUCCAGAUUGAGUCCCGUCGGAUUCCCUCAGAGUCCAGCCCAGAUGUAAAAGACUGAGGGCAGGGUGAAUGCGCAGAGCUCAGCCCCGAUUCCCUUCACCAAGAACUCCAUGCAGGUGCCACAGGAUAAAGAUGACCUUGCCUGCCAGCCCUGGUACCAUGGUCCGCUAUCUCGACAGGAAGCUGAAGCGCUUCUACAACAAGAUGGCGACUUCCUUGUUCGUGCCUCAGAGUCCGAAAGCGGCUACCCUGUGAUCUCCUGCCGUUGGCGAGACAAGACCCUACAUUUUGAGGUGUUCCGAGUGGCACUGCGGCCCAGGCCUGGUCGCCCACAGGCCCUCUUUCAGCUAGAAGAUGAAAGGUUUGCCAGCAUGUCUGCCCUGGUCCACAGUUACAUGACCCGCAGACAACCACUGUCUCAGGCCACGGGAGCUGUGGCCUCCAAGCCUGUGAAUCGUCAGAGGCCGCUGACACGAAGCUUCAGUGAGGCUGUGCUCACAGACAGCCUGGCUGCCACCAGGCCUCUCAGGCCUAGGAAGUGGAGUUCCAGCCAGCCUGCUGAUUUGGACCAUUCAGGAAGGGUCGAAGAAGAUGGUGCUGGAGAAGGAGCGCCCCCUACUUUUGGAUCUGCCCUGCACCGGACAGGCAGUGAACCCACAUUACGGAAGGGCCUGCCUCACCUGGGGACUAUGGCGGACAGUCUCAGAGCAUCUGAAGGGCGGCUUCAUGAGAAGGCUCUCUCCAAGCCUCUCCAGACACCCUCCUUGGCCUCUGGACACCCCUCAACAUACUGCAAACUCCUUCCCCGGGCGACCUGUGCUCAGAGAACGACUCCCAGACCAAGCUGUCCAGAGCCAGAGGCCUGGUGGGAAGCUGAGGAGGAAGAGGAGGGGGACAGAUGCUUUGUAAGACCACACAAUGAGGUCUCAUUUUGCAUCCCUGGCCACCCCUCCCGCCUGCUGGGUUCACAAAAUCGGCCCUUGGACCCUACAGUUCUGAGUUCUCUCCGAAGCUUGUUUAUGGCACACCAUCCUGGGAGCAUUGCUCUACACCUGCUGUUGGUGGAUUGCCAGGCUGUAGGCCUGCUGGGGGUGAACAAGAGUCAGAGGAGUGCCAUGGGUGUUGCCUCUGGUCUAGAACUACUCACACUUCCUCAUGGUCAUCGCCUGAGGUUGGAGGUACUGGAGAGGAUUGAGACCCUGGCGCUGGCUGGUGCCCUGGCGGUGCUGGCUUGCUCCGGGCCCCUGGAGGAGCGCACAAGUACUCUGAAAGGCCUGGUGGAGCUGGCGAUGGCGCUGAAGCCAGGGGCGACAGGGGACCUGCUGGGUCUGGCUGGGAUCAUGGGCGCCCUGCUUAUGCCCCAGGUAUCGAGGUUAGAGAGCACUUGGCGUCAUCUACGAAGGAACCACACGGAGGCUGCGCUGGCCUUUGAACAAGAGCUAAAGCCUCUGAUGCGGGCUCUGGAUGAAAGUACAGGAACCUGCAACCCAGGAGAGGUGGCCCUGCCACAUGUGGCACCGGUAGUGCGUCUGAUGGAGGGAGAGGAGACCUCUGGGCCACUGGACGAGUCCUGUGACCGUGUGCUACGCACCCUUCUUGGGGCACGACAGGUGGCCCAUGAUGCACCUCGGUUCCGCAGGGCGGCAGCCCAGCGCCUGAAAGGAUUCAGGCCCAACCCAGAACUAUGGGAGGCACUGACCACCAGCUUCCUGUGCCGCCUACUCUGGGGGAGCAUUGGGGCCCAGGCCACCAGAGCCCACCGCCUGGAGAAGUUCCAUCGUGUCCUCAGCAUCCUGUCCCAACAAUUAGAGCCUCAGGACUGAGAGUCCAGCCCCCACUUUAGACUUGAGAGACCCCAAGGAUGCUGCCUCCAGCUAUUCAAGAUGGACUUGGUGAAGUGGUCCACACCUGUUAAUUCCAGCACUUGGGAAAUGGAGAUGGGAGGAUCAGGAGUUCAAGGCCAGACUCAGCUACCUAAGUUUGAGGUUGUUUUGGGCUCUUAUGAAAAGUUAUGGGGAAAAAAUUUUAAAAAAUAUGCCCCCUCUUGGGGUCGAAGUUUACAAGAACCUCUCUCUUAAAAUGGACCCCAACAGAUUGGGGUGUAGUAUCUGCCUCCUUUUAUCAAAAUACCUACCCACUAGGUACCUAGAAACUCACCCUCACACUCCCAAAUACUCCUCCAUACAAACUUUGUGGGAUACCCGGAAAGCAACCACAUGGUGAAAGUAACUUUUCUAAAUAAAAACACCUUACAGAUCUGGUAUCAAAGUUCAAAUCUGAUCACCUCUUAAAUGCUGUGUGACUCCCAGCAAACCACCUGGCCUCACAGCAUCUAUAAAUGAGAUCUGGUGCUCUCUUCUGGUGUGCAGGCAUACACGGAAGCAGGAUGCUGUAUUCAUAAUAAAUAAAUAAAUCUUUAAAAAAAAAAAA